AAGUGCGUAGAUUUUUUCAUCAAGGGAUUGACGUCUGUUGCUUCCCGUGCUUCUCUUCUCUUUCCCGCUACACAGUCCACUUUCUGAAUUUCAUGUGUUUGUCAUACUCCCUCUCUCGUCACCACACUUGCUACGCUCCCGUCAGGAAAAAUACCUGCAACGAACAAACCGCUGUCGUGAGCUGCUGGUGGCCCCCCUCCAAGGUUUGUGGUGCAUCACACCGCAGUGUGUGUUACGUGUCGCUUGUCAAGGUUUACUCGAACCCAUUCACCUCUAUUGUUUUCCUUGUUGAACGCGGGAAUACAGGAGUGCUUUUGUAAUCAAGAGGGCGGAAACGUCGGCAGCAAACGGGAGAUAACCCGCUGCGACUUCAAGUGCAGUUCUGUCCAUCCUGGGAUCAGUUAACGAAGUUCUUGUCUGUAAACCUGAGGAACUAGAGAAGCAUCGUCGGCGAGGUCAGUUUUCCUUCAUCAAGGAGUGGGCUGUCGAGGUUUCGACUCUGUAUCUUUUACCUCCGCGAGAAAACGAACAGCUCCCGCUGGUUCGUUGUCAGGAUGUCUCUCCUUCCUCGGACGAACGCACAGAUCGCUCGAACACCCAUUUGUCAAUUUCCUGCCUUCGCAUCAGUUCAGCGGAAUCGGUGUCUCUGGAAGUCUGUGCAAAUCCCCUCGCGCGGCAGCAGCAGCUAAGUCUUCUCAAGAGAAGCGACAGAGCUUUCGUCUCGGGCGCAGCAACCUGCAACACACCAAGAUUGUCAGCCCUCCGCUGAGACGGCUUCGCGCCUCUCGCUUCCUCUGCGCUUCCUCUCCUGCUUUCCGCGUCUUAUCUUCCUCUGCUUUCCCAAAAAUUUUCCGUUUUCUCCACGUCGAUGCCUGCGCAAGCCGCAGCGCGGGCUGGCGCAAUGCCGCCCGAAGACGGACACCCUCGGCCUCCGUCGAGGAGCGCGAAAGUUCCAUCUGGCGACACGAAGCGAGAAAGCGACAUCGAGGCUGGGGCUCAGUCUCCUCUUUUGGUCAUCCCUCCCCCUCGGAUAGACCUUUUCCCUCCCGAACCGGAAGCGGGCAAACAGGUCGACUGGCUGCCGCCUCACCGGUAUGCUGAGGGCCUGACUCCUGAAUUGCGCCGAAACCUGGAGGAAAGAGGCUUGCGCCCUUGCAGUCUGCGAGAGGUUCUGGAGAGAAGAAACAAGAUGUGGGCGAAAGUUCAGAUGAUCAGUCCGGAAGCGCGGGGCGAAAAGGAGCGGCUCGACUCUCUCUUCAAGCAGCAGUGUGUGGGCUGGGGAAACAACCAGGAGGGCUGGGUCUAUGGCAAGUGGAAUCCCGUCAUUCUUUGCCCGGACUUUCGGCAGGGAGGCUUGCAAGUGUCUCGAUCGGGGCGUCGGCAACUGUGGGAGUGCUUGAAGUCCGUCGUCGAGGGCUUUGUCGACCCGCGGCUGCAGAUAUGUGAAGUCGUGGAUCCAACGCACCCCGUUCGCUUCGCUACACCGCCGCAGGAGACGUGCUACACUGUCGUCUACGUCGGACCAAAGAUUCCUGCUUCGCGGAAGGCGCGAGUCGUUUUCGGCGAGUAUACAGGCGUCGUUAAAGAUGGAGGCCUUGUCAAGAAAAGAUUCGAAUACGUCUUCGACCUCUCGUUCUCCGCGUUGGCAUGGCGCCGCGCCGAGGAGUUCGAAACGGCGUCAGACUCCUCAGAUGACGACUGCCCCAGUCUCCCUUCUCGAGAUAGCAGGGACGAGAAAUUGUCCGAGUCUCCUGUCUCCUCUGGGUCUGUCACCUCGCAGUCGCGUCAGCUGUCGCGUCUCCCUGGAGGGAAGGACCGAAAGAAAUCCGUGACUGUGUCGGGACGCCGCGACGCGAAAGGCUUAACAAGAGUCGAGCUGCCAGCCCGCAGUCAGUUCGUCUUGGACUCCUCUGAAGCCUGCAACGAAAUGUCUCUCGUCAACCACUACGGCACAAUUGAACUGCUCGGCGACUGCGUAUGCAAGCGAAACAGCGAAUGGCAGCAAGUCUUUGUCGACGGCUGGCCUCAUAUCGUCCUGACUUCGAUUCCUGGAGUGGCGGUUGAGCCGGGUGAUGAAAUUCUCGCAGAUUUCGGGAACGCGUGGUUCUUCAAAGUUCAGGAUGCGUCUCACGAAGCUAUCGCGAGGGAGCUUCUCGAAUACCGCGUCGGAAUCCGAACGGCGCCUUCCCAGAAGCUCGUGCCAGCGAGACCGGUGGAGUGCGUGAAUCGACGAUCGGAUCCGCAGCUGGAGAAUCGAGCGCGACUUGGAGAGAUUUGCCCGUAUUGCCUGAGUCAUGAACAUCGUCCCUGCGCCUCGUCUCUGGCGCCGUCUCCGUCGACGGAGAGUCGCGAGCCGAGCAAGAUGUCCAAGAGUCCGGAGGAGGCACAUGGCCGCGGGCGAGAGGGCGGCGCCGAGACGGGGAGGUGCUCGUCCUCGUCAGGGUGGAGCGCGGAGAGGAAGAGCAGCGGGGAGGCUGCGACACCGGCGGAGAAACCAGUUUCUGGGCUUUGCGAGAAGCUGAGGAACGACGGGAGAGGCAGAGAGAAGGCCGAUGAACCGCGAAGCCUGUCUUCCUUGUCUUCCGGUUUCCCCAUGUGCUCGGCAAGCACUCCGUCCCAGAGACAAAGUGGAUCUCGUUCUUCCCCCUCGAGUUCAGACCUUCUUCUCGUCACGCAGCAGCUCGAAAGAGAGAAGCACAGCUCGGACCAAGCGUCCGUCGCCGCUGCUAGCCCCGACUUGAGUCUGCCUCCCGCCCCGCCGCCACCGACGGCGGUCAUGACACCGCAGCCAAAGGGUAACGCGGAAGAGAAGUUCGUGGAAACGAACACGGAGGAAACAGGCCGUCUCGCACCUUGCUCAUUUUCAGGGGACGAGGUCGUUCACUGCGACGGAUGUGACCGCCCGUGUCACCUGCGGUGCCUGCCGGACCCAGAAGCGAUCUUGAAUGACUGGCGGUGGUACUGCGCGGUGUGUCGCAUGCGCUUUUUCGAGAUGUCUCGACACCUCAACUACAAGAUUCUUUUGUCUUCUGAAGCGCUCGCGUCCCUCGAGAAAGAGGGCAUUCUCGCGUCCGUCGGAAACAGAGAGGGUCACGAGGUCAAGUGGACUGCCGCGCAGGCCGGGAACAUGGGUGUCCACGCGCUCGCGAAGACUCCGGAUGGAGAGGCGGCCGCCGACGAAGUGGAAAGGAAGAAGGAGAGGCGCCCGAGCUGCGGGGGAAUCGAGCACCACUCCCGCCGUCGCGAGUCUCCUGAGCCUGUCGCUGGAGGCCGAAGAAGGGCAGAGAGAGAGACGGAAGAUGAGAACCCCGGAAAAGCGAAGAAGUGGAGAGGAAGCCGAGUCAGCAAAGAGAGGAGCGCGAGCACAGGGUCUCAGAGGAGAACUGGGCAGCAUGGAGACGAAACGGAGGGGCAAGAGACGGAGAAAGAAGACCAGACCAAGUCGGAGGGAUCGCCAACUCUUCUGAGUGGUCGGCAGAGGUCGCGAGGGCUGCGAGAACCUCGACAGGAAGAAAAGACGCGUGCAGGAGCGGAACUCGUGGGGACGCAAAACUCGGGAGUGAAGACAGAACUGUCGGAGAUGGAAGUAUUGAGUGGAGACUCUCGUAGCAGCAACAUCGAAGCCCCGGUGGGUGUGAACACAGACGGAAAAGGAGAGGCAUGCAGCGGCCGGAGACAGCUAGCCUCGGUCUCGGACGCGCGCAUGCCGACUGGUUCGGUUUCUCUCGGUGGAGAGGCGCAAGAGAAAGAGAACAAGGAGCCUCUGACGGCAGUCGGCAUGGAGUUCCUCAAUGUCCCGCUCGAAGAACUCGGAAAGGGCAGCGGAGCCAUGCUGUGGAACGAGGCAGACGAAGCAUCCCUGUCCCCGGUGGCUGUGUCUCAGCUGGGUUGUGGGCCUUUGAGAGACGGCGCUGGCACAAACGAGGGCAAUGACGUUGUUUUGAGGCCUGGGUCGACAGAAGCGACAGGUACCGAGGGAACCUGCAGUGCAGAAUCGCUGCCAGAAUGCAGUCGUAGCCUCGUCGGCAAGGAACAGGACGUUUUCUCUUUUUUUCUGGGUUCUCGUGACACGGCGAACACGAGCGCGUCGCACACUGGUCCGCCUCGAUCUGACGCGCGCGGUAAGGAAGAGAAAGACGCAAAGGAUGUAUCGCCCACUGGAAGAGAGGCGCAUGAAGACUGCUCUCAGUCCGACGGUCCGUCUCGCGUGUCGGGUGCUGGUCCUCUCGCUGUUGUCACGACGACUGCUCCGUCAUCGGAGAGCGACGAGGACGGAGGAAAGGAAGUGCGAGUGGGCAUUCGCGAGUCUUCUCCCUCCAGGGGCCUAGACAGGUCGGGCGCCCAACCGACAUCUGUGGACUCUGUCCGGCCUCGCGCGCGCUGUCAUUCGUCGGAGAGGAGAAGCGACGCGAACCGCUUCGACCUUCCACCGGUGGGGAUUCGCGAGAGAAGAGCCGUUUUCGCGUCCUGCAACGAAAAGGCGUCUCUGGGGCGAAUGACCCCGUCGCGAGUCGAGAUUGUAAAGGGGGAUCUGUCCAGCGACGAACUGCAAGGACUGCAAACGCUGCACCUCGUCGAUCCCAAAGGCUUGCUCGGCAGUUUGCAACCCUGCGAUGUCUGCUACAAGGCGCUGGGCGGACGCGCUUCUACCGAGGUCUGCCGGCUCGCGAAGCGCCACCUGUCCCCGAACUGGGAUCACCCACACUCGACGACGCCGAGUCAAAUGAAGGACGCGAUUUUGACGGCCUUCCAGGAGAAGGUCCACAGCCUGCAGGACGAGGCGAAGAAGCGCGCGCAGAGUGUCGCGGAAGAGAUUCGGCAGCUCAAGAUGUCGAUCGCGGCCAAGGCUCAGGGACACCACGCCCAUGGAAGCGGUGGCCUCGGCGCGGAGAAGCAGAGCCAUGGGAACGGCUGCAGCGGCCUCCUCUGCGGGUCGCAACACGCGGGAGGAGCGUCGAAGAAGCGGCCACGAGGUGUAGGUACAGCUGAAGUGCUGGGCUUGCAGAGUGUCCGAGACGAGAAAGACUGCAGGCCAGAAGACAACCUGCCAGCUCCUCUCACUUCGGGAUUCAUUCCACUGAUCGGCGUGCACCUCGGGAAGACGGUGAUUGACCGAUGCUUCAACGUCGGCUGGUUCGAAGGUCUCAUCACCGAGUACUCCGCAGUCGCCGUCGAGGACGGCAAGUGGUAUGCGAAUCAGUUCCAAGUCGAGUAUGAGGACGGAGACACAGAGUGUCUGAAGGUGGAGGAACUGGUGCACCUGCUGGCUGAGCAUGGCAUUCGCCACACGGACCCUGCAACUCGCCACCAGUACAAAACUACGACGCUGGACAAGCUUCUCUCGCCGGAGAUCCUGGCGGCGAAGAAGGAGCUGAAUCUACGUUUCCGAAGGUGCAAGAUGUUGGAGGAGAAGGAGGAACCUGAGGUGGCAAGGAAGCGCAAGAAAAACGGGAAGAAGGCGAAGAAGACCGAGAACAGCGAAGACGACGCGGACGGAGAAAAGGAAAACGAAACAGAAGCGGAAGUGGCUGACGCGGGCGAUGAAGCGGAGGACGAAGGCCGAACCAAGAAGGAUACUGGGGGAAAGGAAAAUACGCGAGUUCCGAAGAAAGGAAAGAAACCCAUGAACGAAGAGAAAGGCGGUCAACUUACAGAAAGCGAGGCGGGCUCUGAGAAGAAAACGGAGAGCGAGACGCACGAGGAAAUGAAUAUGUCAAAGGAGGCGAAUAGCAGUGACGCCGAAGCCAGUGAAGCGAGCAGCGCCCGGCAUGCAUAGGAAGUCGCUCGGCGGCGGUGAUUCCAGUACGAGGAGGAGGAGCGGAAAAAAAGAGAUGGUUGGGAGAAGAAAACUUCGACGAGAGAGCAGAUACUUCAGAAGAAGAAAAACCAGAACUUCACCCUGGACAUUCGAAGUUAUACAAGCAAAUUAUCCAUGCAUGCAUGGAGAAACGUUCGUGUGCCGAUUUAUAUCCGCGAGUGGUUUUGUACUGCUGCGUUUAUAGUUUUCGAAGUGUGGGUUAGCUAUAUAUACAUAUGUAUCAGUAUGCGUAUAUUGCCCCUCUCCAGCUUCCCCUUCUUCACAAGAUAUGCCCAGAUAUGAAAUGCGAAAAGUAGUCCUCAGAGGGAGUCAAAGGAACGCCUGGGAAUCGACGAAGAUAUAUACAUGUGCACCUUUAUAUAUAUAUAUAUAUAUAUAUAUGUAUAUAUAUGUAUGCAUCAGUAUCUCGUCGUGUUUACAAUUCAGCAUUGUGCGGCUAUUUAGAGAGGAGCAGCCCAUCGUCGGAUUCCACAGAUCAGAGAGCAUGCACACCAUAGGCAGGCGUGCGUAAGCGUUACAACAAGGUUGACGAUAAAACAAGAGAGGAGAAUGACUUGUCAAUCCACCGCUAGGCUCGCCGUUAUACGAUUGGUAUGUCGUUGAGAGUCGUCCACAGCGAGCCAGAGACAAUUUUCCAUUCCACCAUUUUUCCGGAAGACGGCAUGUCCAAUGCUGCACCGAACUCCACUGCCGUACCGGUCUUGUCUCUCUUGUUUCCUCGCGGGUGUUGCUUCUCUGUUGCUUUUGCGGGCGAUCCCCCAUGCACUAUAUUCAAUAACCGACAG